AUGGUACGUCAACCAAAAACUAAUCUAGAAAUUAAUGAAGGCAAUUCUCAGUCUCUUAAUCUUAAUCCAUCAGGAUCCGGUAAAGAUGAUAAGAAUAAAGAUGAAAAGGAUAAAGAUAAAAAGAAAAAAUGGGAACCACCACUUCCUACACGUGUUGGCAAGAGAAAGAGAAGAGGGCUUGAUGCCAUUUCAAAACUACCAGCUGUAUUUCCUACAACGAGAUGUCAUCUCAAAUUGUUGAAGAUGGAACGUAUAAAAGAUUAUUUAUUGAUGGAAGAAGAAUUUGUCCAAAACCAAGAAAGAUUAAAACCGCAAGAAGAAAAGGCACAAGAAGAAAGGAUAAGGGUUGAUGAUUUGCGUGGAUCACCAAUGGGAGUUGGUACAUUGGAAGAAAUCAUAGAUGAUGAUCAUGCAAUAGUCUCCUCUUCUACAGGUCCAGAGUAUUAUGUCAACAUAUUAUCAUUUGUUGAUAAAGAUUCAUUAGAACCGGGUUGUUCGAUUCUUUUGCAUCACAGGGCCAUGUCUGUUGUUGGAGUUCUUCAGGAUGAUACAGAUCCAAUGGUCAGUGUGAUGAAACUUGAAAAAGCACCCACUGAGUCAUAUGCUGAUAUUGGUGGGUUAGAGCAACAAAUCCAAGAGAUUAAGGAAUCAGUAGAAUUGCCCUUAACGCAUCCGGAAUUAUACGAAGAAAUGGGAAUAAAACCUCCAAAAGGAGUUAUUUUAUAUGGAGUUCCAGGAACCGGCAAAACACUUUUAGCAAAAGCUGUAGCAAAUCAAACAUCAGCUACAUUCUUACGUGUUGUUGGGUCAGAGUUGAUUCAGAAGUAUCUCGGAGAUGGACCUAAACUUGUGCGCGAAUUGUUUCGUGUUGCAGAAGAACAUGCGCCGUCAAUAGUUUUUAUUGACGAGAUAGAUGCUAUUGGAACAAAACGAGAAAUUCAAAGAACUAUGUUGGAAUUAUUAAAUCAAUUGGAUGGGUUUGAUUCUAGAGGAGAUGUUAAGGUCGUCAUGGCAACAAAUCGUAUAGAAUCACUUGAUCCUGCUUUGAUUCGUCCAGGACGUAUCGAUCGUAAAAUAGAAUUUCCAUUACCAGAUAUAACAACUAAAAGAAGAAUCUUUAAUAUACACACCAGCAGAAUGACUUUAUCACCAGAUGUAGAUCUUGAAGAAUUUGUUAUGUCUAAGGAUGAUCUAAGUGGUGCAGAUAUUAAGGCUAUUUGUACUGAAGCAGGUUUAUUAGCACUUCGAGAAAGACGUAUGAAAGUGAUCGCAGAAGAUCUUAGGAAAGCAAGAGAAAAGGUUUUAUAUCGUAAAUCUGAGGGAACACCCGAGGAAAAACAUUAUUUCAAUAAAUAA